UAAAAAAUUAACACUGCCCUCUGUUGUUAACCUUUCCAUGUGUAGUUUUGUGUACGAAAACUAAUGAGACGUGUGUUUACUGUAUUGUACUUACUUUUAUUCUGAAAAGCAUAAUUUUAUACAAUGGUCCGGGAUAAGAAAAGUGGGUUGAAGUGGUCUAUUGAUGAUAAGCCAGUCACCAUAGCGAAAUGGGACGGUGCAGCGGUUAAGAAUUCUCUUGAUGAUGCAGUGAGAAAGAUUAUGAAGGAGAAAUACAAGUAUGAAGAGAACUUUAAAUUGGUGGAUAUUCGUUUGGUGAUUUGUACAGUUUCCUGUAUAUUUGCGAUGUUUGCGCUUGCCUGGGACUAUUUCUACCCAUUUCCAGAAUCUUGCACCGUCUUAUUUAUUUGUGUUGUUUCUUAUUUCAUAAUGAUGGGUAUUUUAACCUUUUAUACAGCAUACAUUGAGAAGAGCCAUUUCUUGGUAACUCAUGAGAAGGAUCAGGCAGGAAUUGACCCUGAUAAUGUGUGGGUUGUUGAUUCCUGUUUAAAAAGGUUUGAUGAUAUGUACACUCUAGAAAUACACUUCACUAACGGGACGAGUAAGGUGGAACGCGAGUCCUCGCUAACAAAAUCCGUAAGCAGCUGGUUUGACGAGAGUGGUACGCUUCAGUUGGAGCUCUUUGAAAAAGAUGUACAAAGUCUUCAUGAUAAUAUCUCAUCCCUUGAAAAGAAAGAAAAAUAAACGAUCUAAAGAACCAUUCUGCAACCGAUAGGUCAUGACCUGCCAAUUGCUUCAGAUUACGAAAAAUGUUAACAUCCAGACAAUUUUAAGUUACAUUGUGCAACAAAGUCAGAUUACACAAGAGACUAAAGGUGCACAAUAAUUGCACUUGUUUUUAUUUACCUGUACUUAGAUUUUAAUGCAAAUUCACAUUUGUCUAAUUUGAAUUUGUCCUAGAAAUGUUAACUUUCUAGUAUAAUACAUAUUCCAAGUAUCGAAAUGCACGGCAUCGUGUUGGGUAUUCAAUAUUUCCACAUUAAUUAUGUCAUCACCAUUCUUAAUGAUUACAUAAUUAAUGUUGAAAUAUUGAAUCCCGACACGAUGACGCGCAUUUUGAUACUUGGAGUAUGUAUUAUACUAUCUUAUAUGAGAUUUAAAAAGUGGACCAUUCGGUUUAACUUUGUAGACAAUUUAUUACAAUACAAAUGUAAAUUCACGUUAACCAAUUGCGCAUGAGCCUACAAUCAUUGCGCUGUAAGAUCCUAGCAAUUAAUUUAUUUACUUGAUUGGUUUUGACAUUUGGAUUGUUGUAUGAUGGGCUGUGGAACAGAGUUGUAAAACCUGCGGCCUCAUUAAAAAUCACUAUAUUACUGUAUAUGUUAAAUUGUUGUCAUUGUCAUCUUCGUGAAUAAUAUUUACACUGUCCUUCAUUGGAUGUAAAACUUCGAUUUUAGCAUCUGAUAAUAGGAUAUAAUUUGUUACUUGCACAAUUGUUACAAUCAUUUGUAUGCUUGAAAUUUCACUGGAUGCCUAACAAACUGAUCACAGUUGCUCUUUAUUCUCUCUAUCAUAUUUUUCCAUAUAUGUACAAAAUGGCUUUUACAUGAAGACCAAGUUUCUGCAUGGUGCAUGCUUUGAGCCAUAUGAUUAAACCUAAAAGGUCAUUCUUGCAGGCUAUUGCCAAAACAUUCUCAGUAGGGAGUUGAAAAUUUGUUUCUGUGAUAAUGACAACAAUAAAACACUGUAGUAAUGUCAGUAAAACAACUGACUAACAGGAACAGGGUCAGGAAUAAAUGACCCACAAACACACCUAGAUAAGUUUACAUUUUUUUGUGGAACCUAAGCAACAAUAUUUAAGGCGCGGACCUUUGCAGAGGGUCUGUAGUGAAACAGUACCGUACUGGUUAACAUAUUUGCUGUGUACAUAAUCGCUUAAAUGCAUGUACCAGUGAUGUUUUAUUACACACUUCGCCAAAAGCCAAAAGGAGACAUUUAGCAAACUGAAACACAUGAGCUCGGCAUAAUUUCUUUUAUUAUAUUUUGCUUAUUUUAUUUAUUUUUUGUUUACUCUACUGGAAUUUCUUGCACUGAAUUUAUUUGAAGGCCUCUGCAUUUUGUAUUUAAAGAUCGACAAUAAAAGCACCUUAAAAAUCCAGUAUAUCUUUCUUUGUUUUGUGUACUUAUGAAACCGAAAACACAUUU